CGUGGUGGCAGUCACAUGAUCUCGACAGAUGACUUGGAGUAUCCAAGGGAGUACCGGACGCUGGGGAACAGCGCUCGGCGCUUCUCCAAUGUGGGCCUGGUGCACACGUCGGAGCAUCGCCACACUGUCAGCGCCGCCCAGAGCCUGGAGGCUCUGACCAACCUGCAUAAGGCUGACAUGGAACGCAAGAGGGAUGCCUUCAUGGACCACCUGAAGAGCAAGUACCAGCAGCAGCAGCAGCUGCAGCAUCCGCACCACAGCCCGCACCACAACCCGCCAUCGCCCUCACCCUCCCAUUCCAGCAUGAGGGGCACGUCGGAGCGGUCUGCACGUGAGCAGCAACAGCCCAACUACUGGAGCUUUAAGAGCCGCAGUCCACGGCAUUCCCAGUCUACCCAGUCUGGGCUUGCCGACCAGGCCGCCAAGCUCUCCUUUGCCUCUGCUGAAUCCUUGGAGACCAUGUCAGAAGCCGACAUCCCCCUGGGGUUCAACCGGAUGAACCGCUUCCGCCAGAGCCUGCCGCUGUCCCGCUCUGCCAGCCAGAAUAAGCUACGAUCUCCAGGCGUGCUGUUCCUGCAGUACGGGGAUGAGACACGCCGGGUGCACAUCACCCACGAGCUGAGCAGCCUGGACACGCUGCACGCCCUCAUCGUCCACAUGUUCCCUCAGAAGUUGACAGCGGGUAUGCUGAAGUCACCCAACACAGCCAUCUUGAUCAAGGAUGAGGCACGUAACGUCUUCUACGAGCUGGAGGAUGUGCGGGACAUCCAGGACCGCAGCAUCAUCAAGAUUUACCGCAAAGAGCCCAUCUAUGCUUCUUAUCCUGCUGCUGCACACCUGGCUAAUGGAGACCUGAGGAGGGAGAUGGUGUACUCCUCUCGCGACUCCUCUCCAACUCGCCGCCUCAACACCCUCCCCUCCUCUACGGCCUCAGGGUCUUCUGGCUCUCCCUCCCGUUCACGCCUCUCCUACAGCGGGGGCCGCCCUCCCUCCUUCUCCGGGUCCCAUCCCCAGCAUGAACAGCCCCGACACCCUCACCAUCCCCCAGCCAGCCACGCUGCCAAUGCAGGCCUGUCUCCUUCACCCAGCGCCAUCCUAGAGCGCCGUGAUGUCAAGCCUGAUGAAGAAGUGUCUGCGAAAAACAUGGCAUUAAUGAAGAACGAGGGGCUGUAUGCAGAUCCCUACAGCUUGAUGCACGAGGGCCGCCUCAGCAUUGCUUCCACCCAGUCUUUAGCUGCCAUUGGGGACCCCUUUAGCUUCCCUGUUUCCAGUGGCCUGUACCGCCGUGGCUCUGUGCGAUCCCUUAGCACCUACUCGGCCGCUGCUCUUCAGGGCGAUCUGGAGGACUCCCUCUACAAGCCUGGAGGCUCACUCUACUCUGACACAUACUCCUCAGCCACUCUGGGCAUGGGUUUUCGCAUGCCGCCCUCAUCCCCACAGAAAAUUCCUGACAUGCAGCUGAGGGACAGGGACUCGUAUUCUAGCUCACCCAGCAGAGCCUCACCCGUCAGGCAGACGUUUCGCAAGGACUCGUCCUCCGUGUUUGUGGAAAGCCCAAAGUCGAGGCCCAGCUCCGGUUCAGAGCCCCUGUGUCUGACAGCCGGGCCUGGGGAGGGCGGCAGGGCCACACCUGGUUUUGGUUCUUCAUUGUCUGGACAAGACUCUGACACUAGCAGGUCACGUAUGGAGGCCAUGGAGAAGCAGAUAGCCAGCCUGACUGGCCUGGUCCAGAGUGUGCUGACCAGAGCACCAGACAGUGACAGCACAUGCGGCCUGCUGCGUCUCUGCAUGAUGGCGGGCUGCCCUCCGGACCAAGGGACGGAGUUCUCACGGCCAUUACCUUUCUCUUCCAGCGAGAAGACCGAAACCAACAGUGACGGCUCCGCCACUGGAACUGGACGGCUGAAGCAGAAAGGUAACCAGAUCGGAGCACCUCAUAGAUAUACUAUAUAUAUAUAUAUAUGCAUACCACCACCACCUUCUAACAUAAACCAGGUGAACAGCGUCGGCCGCUUGCAGAUGCAGCUCCACCUGCACGGCCUGCAGCAAAAUGCCACCGACCUGCGCAAACAGCUCACCCAGCUGCGCAAGAUACAGAUGGAGAACCAGGAUUCGGUGAAAACAUUGCUGAAACGGACAGAAGCGGAGCUGAAUGUGCGCGUUGCUGAUGCCCUGAGGAAGCAGGAGGAUCCUCUGCAGAGACAGCGCCUCCUGGUGGAGGAGGAGAGACUCAAGUACCUCAAUGAGGAGGAGCUCAUCAUCCAGCAACUCCACGACCUGGAGAAGUCGGUGGAGGAGAUCCAGAAGGAAUCAUCUGUCAACCACAAGCUCGUGACGGUGCAGGAGCUGGAGGAGAAGGCCACUGUUCUGAGAAAGCUGGGAGAAACACUCACAGAACUGAAAAAUCAGUUCCCAGGCCUGCAGAGUAAGAUGCGGGUGGUGCUCAGGGUAGAAGUGGAGGCCGUCAAAUUCCUGAAAGAAGAGCCACACAGACUCGACGCCCUGUUAAAACGCUGCAAGAGUAUAACUGACACCCUCGCGACCAUGCGCAAACAAGCGAAUGAGGGGGUGUGGAAAAAGCAGGAGGACUUCUCCAGUCCUUCAUCAAAGCACAAUGAUGACUUGCGAAAGUUCGCAGACUUUGACAUUCCCACCAGCCCACCACUCACCAUCAAUGACCUCGGGGGAGGCAACAGCCUGUCCAACUGGAGCCCCCACACUAGCCUCAGCCGAGGCCACGGGAACCCGUCCGGCCCCCACAAGGACAAUUAUCCUCCUGUCCCCCACAAGGGAAAAGCCCUGGAGGAGCUGGAGCGCCGUGCUGCUGCAGAUAAAGCUUUGUCCGUAGAGGUCCGACUGGCAGCAGAGCGGGACUGGGAGGAGAAGCGGGCCAGUCUGACCCAGUACAGCGCUCAGGACAUCAACCGGCUGCUGGAGGAGACCCAGGCCGAGUUAAUGAAGGCUAUUCCUGACCUGGACUUUGCUGCCAAGCAGAUCAAGCCCAGCUCCAACCCAACGUCCUCUCAGACCCCUCAGAGUGGGACGGCAACCCCAGAGCACCGUGCCAGCAAGCCCCAGCACAAGCUUUCUGGGAAGGAGGGAGGAUCCAGGCGUGGCUCUGAUGAGCUGACAGUGCCUCGAUAUCGCACAGAGAAACCCUCCAAGUCUCCUCCUCCACCGCCACCGAGACGUAGCUUCCCAUCCUCUCCAGGCAUUACCACCCGCAGCGGAGAGCCCCUCAUUCCUGGAAAAAGUAUAAAGAAGUCUGAAUCUGAAGAGACUGAAGGCCAGAAGCCUCAUGUAAAGCUGAGGAGGACCGUGUCCGAAAACCCUCGUCCUGCAUCUACACCCCCCACACUGGCCUCUGGGGACAAGGAGGAAGGGGAGGAAGAAAAAAUUGCUGCCGAACUGGAGGGAGGGAAUAGCUCCAGCGUUGGUAAGAUUCUCCACUCCUCGGCUGCCUCCAAGCUGAAGCACCUGCAGCAGAACAGCACAGACAAGACUAAAAUUGGCAAAAGAGAGGACUUCUUGAAGAUCCAGGGCCAGCAGCAGCAGUGAGCGACCUGUCCGUGUCCAACCUCUUCAGU